CCCGAAAGACCCACUGACCCGUCCCGUCCAUAAGGGUCAGGACAAGUCAGUUUGUCUACAGGGUCAGAUUAGGGACGGGUCAUGUGUUGACUUUGUAAGGGUCUGGACGGGUAGGGACAACUUAGGGACGGCUCAGGUUUUGACCCUGUGAUCCUUAGCAACAAUAAAUAUCUCACACCACAUUGGACCUUUUCGUAAAGUUUUUAAAGUUUAGGUACUAACUUGUAAAAAUAACAAAUUUUGGGUACCAAAACGUAAUUUGUAAAAAAGUAGUGUGUUGAUUAGGUUCGACCCACUGACCCGACCCGUCCCGUCCCGUCUCAAUCCUUGAGAGUUAGACAAGGUCAAGAAGGAGACAGGGACGGGACGGGUCAGUUUUACAUCUUGACCCUUCAGGGACGGGACAAGCAAAUUUUCAGCCCUAGUUUAUAGCACCAAUAAAUUUUGAAAUAUAGAUAAAAGUACAAGUGAAUCCUUAGCAUUUCUCGUCUCUAACUCUAAUUACAACCAUUCAAUGAACUCCCUGUUUUAAUUUCUAACUCCGCCAUCAGUUAAACCAAUAAAUAUGUGAAUUAGAUGCAAGCCAUCGUUAGCACAGAAAGGUCCAUAGAGUUGGCUACUAACUUGGCUGACUAUGAGAUCUAUUCCCAUUUCCCAUCCAUAAACAAACAAAUAUGAAGACCUAUUCCCAAAGCAAAAUGCAGAGAUAGAGAGAGAGAAGAAGAGAGACAUGCACGCAUACACAUCACAUAAUGACUGCAGGUUUAGACAUUUCUCAUCUCUUUUCUCUACAAAACCACAAUCCCAUAAUUAUCUUUUCUUCAAGUUUUGUAUUUUCUUUGUCACAUAAAUUUCCCAAAUUCUCCCCCCCCCCCUCAUCAUCUUCCAUUGGCUUCCCUGAACUGUCUUGUCAGCCUCACUGUCUUUUUUCUCAACUUGUCCACUGCUCCCUAACCAAACUUUUGCAGACCUCCCCCUUUGUCAGAACUCUCCCCAAGAUGAGAGAAAAAAAUAAAACGAAAAGAAAAAAGAAACAAACUUUCCUUCUCACCUUCACAAACCCAACAAAACCCAUUAAUAAAAACCCCAACCAAACCCUGCAGAAAAGCUUACUCACUUCACCAAAGUUAAGAGAGAACAAAACCCAAACUCUCUCUCUCUCUCUGUCAAUGGACUUCCAUCUGAAGCAAUGGAGAAACCGACAUGAGUCAGAAGUGGAAGAAGAGGAACAACAACAGCCAUCCUCCAAGAUUCCAAAACACCUCUUGGAUCCCUCUCCUCCUUCCUCUGGUUCUUCUGACCAGCAUCAUCCUCAUACUCCUUCUACCACUACUCCUCUCCCUUUGUUUGUACCUUCAGCUGAUUCAUUACCAACUAAGCUCACCAGCAGCCUCAACUACAGCAAUCUUUCAGCUGUUCCCACAAGGAUGGGAAGUUACUUCAGCUUGGCGCAGUGGCAGGAGCUGGAGCUACAAGCUUUGAUCUACAGAUACAUGUUGGCUGGAGCUGCUAUCCCUACUGAACUCCUCAACCCAAUCAAGAAGAGCCUUAUCCUUCACUCUUCCUCUGCUUCCCCUGCUUCCUUUUUCCUUCAGCAUUACUCCAAUCCUUAUCAGCCUUCUGCUUUGUUGCAGGGAGGGUAUUGGGGAAGGGCAGCCAUGGAUCCGGAGCCGGGGCGGUGCCGAAGAACCGACGGCAAGAAAUGGCGGUGCUCGAGAGACGUGGUGGCCGGCCAGAAGUACUGCGAGCGCCACGUCCACCGCGGCCGCAACCGUUCAAGAAAGCCUGUGGAAGUUACCACCGCCGCCGCCCCCUCUGUUAUUGGUGGUACUGGUUUCAACAACUGCUCCACCGCCGCGCCAUACGGCGGUAGCUCUGCUCGGCCGCCGCUGUCGAUACCUCUAGCUAGUGGGAUUGGCCGAGGCGGCGGCGGAUCGUUCCCUUCUGCUGAUCUGCUUCAUCUAAGCCAACGAUCGGGGACGGAGGCUUGCAACAACAGAUCGGACGGCGGACAUGUCCUGAGACACUUCUUCGACGACUGGCCGAGAGAGUCGGAGGACAGUGCCGCCGGACAUUCCUCUACCUGCCUGACGAUAUCGAUGCCGGCGACGGCUUCCGACGUGUCGUUGAAGCUGGCCACUGGCAACGACGGCGGGGAAGAGGAGGGUGGAGGGAGCGAAAGGGCCCAAGCCCAAAUCAACUGGGCCACGGGGUGGGCCGGGAACCAUAUGGGUGGGCCGCUGGCCGAGGCCUUAAGAUCGUCUUCCUCCGCUUCGAAUUCGUCUCCUACAAGCGUUCUAAGCCAGCUGCCUCGGGUCACUGCUUCUGCUGAGACCAGCUUCGUCAGCGCUUAGAGAAACACCCUCAUUUGAUUUCUCUCCCGCUUUGGAAAUCUGUGUAUACGACAUCGUUUAAUAAUCGCCUGGGUUCUUUGUUCUUCGUGCUUCUGUUUGUGGUUUGUUUGUAUGAGAUGUAAGUUGAUUCAUAACAUUUUGUUCCUCAAAGCGUGCCUCUAGUGUUCUAGAGAUGAUUGCAGUUAAUCGUUCCAAUUUUAUCUGAUGUCCGUUGAAGGAAUCGAGCCUGUACGUAAUGUUAUCAGACAAGAAAUCGAUACAACGUAU